UCCGACGAGUCACGCCAUUGGUGCGUGAGUGAUGGGGGAAGUGCUGCUUCUCUAAAGUUAGCCACCUUCGCUCUGUACGAGUAUUGAGCCGAAGUCGAGAAAGAGGGAGAAAGAGUUGGGUUUAAAGACUUAUGAGUGGCAUCCGGGGGAAAAAAAGUCGAAUUUAUUUCGGUCGUCCCGCUGAGUCAUGGAGUUUGGUGAGGAAUCGUCACCAGCUCGGGCUUUCGAGAAGGACGCUUUCGAGCUCACUGUGGAAGAUGUGUAUGAUAUCUCGUACGUAAUCGGAAGAGAUCUGUUAAAAAUCAGCAGCACUGGCGAAGAAGUGUCAGACCUACAGUUUAGGAUAGUCCGUGUGUUGGAAAUGUUUGAGACUUUGGUCAACAAGUACAACUUGUCUCUGGAGGAGCUGAAAAUGGAGCGGGACAACCUCAAGAGCGAACUGGAUAGGAUCAUCAAGGAGGGCUCCUCCAGGCCUGGCGCGCAGACUUCGGGACCGAACCAGCUGGUGGUGGACCUGACAGACCCCAACAGACCCCGAUUCACUAUGCAGGAGCUGAAGGAGGUGCUGCAAGAGAGGAACCAGCUGAAGGCUCAGCUCAUGGUGGCCCAGGAGGAGCUUCAGCUGUACAAGAGUGGGAUCCUGCCACAAGCUGAACCAUCCAUGGUGGAGGUGUCUCCAUCUCCACCAUGGCAGGUGGAGACACCGGCAGCUACAGAGCACAGACCAGCCAUGAUAAACGACACGAAAGAAGAGAAGACGACCAUAGGCAAACUGUUUUCAUUCAGGCGAAAAUGAGAAGAAAAGCUUUCACGGGGAACUGACCAUGUAGGAGACAAACAGGAUUUGUCGGCACAAUUAAACUCCUUUUGUACUUUUUUAAGAAGUAUUUGUCAGUUUUAAUAAGCAUUAUAUUUUGUACUUAUUUUUAACCUAAGAUGUUUUUAGCGUAGACAUCUUUUAAUUCUGUAAAAAAUAAGAUAUGGAAAGGAAACUGGAAAGUAUUAUUUAACAAGUGAUGAUCAUGUUAUUUGUUCAAGUUUAUAAACUUGAACAUCAGCUUUUUUUUCCCUUUUUUUUUUUUUUAAUGAGCCACGAUAAGGUCUUUAUAUAGGCACAUUCCCAUCACUCAUCUCUGUUGUCAAUGAAGGUAAAAUACCCAAUCAAAAUCUAAUAAUAAAUUUGAUUGUACUUGUG